UCCCUAUUUAAAUCGACCCUAAUCUCCUCCCUUAUAACUACGGCAAUCAUAGUUUUCGACAUUCAAUCUCCGAUGGCCAACUCCUCCGCCACCCCGAUUCUCUGCGCUUCCUUCAACCAAGAUAACAGUUGUUUUGCGAUUGGCACAAAGAAUGGGUUCAGGCUUUUCGAUGCGCGGAGCGGAAGACUACGCUACGAGAGAGUUAUUGGAGCAUUUAGCAUUGUUGAAAUGCUGUUCAGCACAAGCCUUAUUGCUAUAGUUGGAGCAGGGGAACAGCCAUCAUUAUCUCCUCGUCGUCUUUGUCUCUUCAACUUUGUCACUGGCAGUGCGCUCCGAGAACUGAAUUUUUUGACCUCAAUCCUAGCAGUUCGUAUAAAUAGGAAAAGACUUAUUGUUGUGUUGCAGGAAAAGACAUAUAUUUAUGAUGUUAACAGCCUUGCUAUCCUCGAUACAAUUGAUACCGUGUCGAACAGUAAAGGACUCUCUGCAUUUGCUCCAAAUUCAGAAGCAUGUUAUUUAGCUCUUCCUGCAAGCACGACCAAAGGAUCUGCUCUAGUAUACAAUACGUUGGAGCUUCAAUCUCUUUGCCAGAUUGAUGCUCAUCGUUCCCCUUUAGCUGCAAUUGCAUUCUCUUUAAAUGGCAUGUAUCUGGCAACUGCUUCCGAGCAGGGAACAAUAAUCAGAGUGCAUCUAGUGUCACAAGCAACUAAGUCAUAUAGCUUGCGUAGAGGGUCAUAUCCGUCAACCAUCUACUCAUUAUCAUUUGGACCAUCCGUGGACUUGCCAGAUGUUCUUGUGGCUACAAACUUAUCUGGAUCUUUGCAUGCAUUUUCUCUUGGGCCUAUUAUUGAGCUAAGAAACAGAAGGCCAAAUAAACUGCUUGGAUCAAUGAUCCCUGAACCAAUCAAUGAUGCUUUAGAGUCAUCCUAUCACCAUGUUCUUCAUAAUGUUUCUGUUGCAGGAGUCAAAAGCUAUGUAACGGUAUCAAACACAGACAAGGUUCAAAGCACCUCCACAAAUUCUAUCAUACGGUCAAGUGUUUACAUCAUCACAGGCGACGGACACUUCUAUAACUACACCUUAAACAUCACAAGUUCAAAUAAAUUAUCAUGGAGCUUACAAUCUGAAUUCAAUCUGAUGGAUACACUUUUAUAAGAUUUGAGCUGAUUUGGAUUCUAGAGAGGAAUUGUUACUUCUCCACUACAGUGAUUUAUUCUUAUGCAGCCUUAUUGUCAGUUCUACCAUAUAAGAUAUAGCAGAAAUAUUCUGUACAUAUUUCCCAAGCACAUACUUAGACGAGCUGCAAUCAUAUUCAGCUUACAGGCAAAACCUCUUGACACCCAUAAAUGUUGACAGUUAUAUAAUUGUGUAAUAACAUAUGAUGUAUCAAAAAUGUGUACAGUCUACUUGGGUUAAUGGCUCAGUUCUUUAAGGCCUAACACAUAUAGGUGUGUGCGUCGGUUAAAAAAAAAAAAUUGUAUAAAAUCAUAUUAUUAUUGAAACAUUUGUUUUAUGA